AUACCUCUUUUCUCUCCAAUCAUGGCGGACGGACAACGUGAACGUAGAGUCAUUUCUGAAGAUGAUGCUAAAAUCGUAUUUGAAACUUCCGAGGAAGUCUCGGUGACACCAACCUUUGACUCGAUGAAAAUAAGAGAAGAUCUUCUACGUGGUAUUUAUGCAUACGGAUUCGAAAGACCUUCAGCUAUCCAACAAAGAGCAAUAGUACCAAUUGUCAAAGGGCGUGAUGUUAUUGCACAAGCCCAAUCUGGAACAGGCAAAACUGCAACUUACUCCAUCUCAGCUUUGCAAAAUGUUGAUGUGAAAGUUCGUGAGACACAAGCCUUAAUCCUGUCUCCAACCAGAGAGUUAGCUGUUCAGGUUCAGAAGGUUAUCUUGGCCCUGGGUGACUAUAUGAGUGUUCAGUGUCAUGCUUGCAUUGGAGGAACAAAUGUUGGGGAAGACAUUCGAAAGCUUGACUACGGUCAACAUAUUGUAUCUGGCACACCUGGCAGAGUAUUUGACAUGAUCAAGCGAAGAAAUCUAAGAACAAGAUCGAUAAAAAUGCUUAUAUUGGAUGAAGCAGACGAAAUGCUGAACAGGGGUUUCAAAGAACAGAUUUAUGACGUAUAUCGAUUUCUCCCACCUGCAACCCAGGUUGUCCUCGUCAGUGCCACGCUUCCUCACGAUAUCCUGGAAAUGACCGGUAAAUUCAUGACUGAUCCCAUCAGGAUUUUGGUUAAACGUGAUGAGUUGACGUUGGAAGGUAUCAAGCAGUUCUUUGUUGCUGUUGAAAGAGAGGAAUGGAAAUUUGACACCCUUUGCGACCUGUACGAUACGCUUACAAUAACGCAAGCCGUUAUAUUUGUUAAUACCAAAAGGAAAGUAGACUGGCUCACAGAAAAGAUGAGAGAUGCUAACUUCACAGUUUCUUCGAUGCAUGGCGACAUGCCUCAAAAAGAAAGAGAGGCUAUCAUGAAAGAAUUCAGAGGAGCACAGAGCCGUGUCCUGAUUUCGACAGACUUAUGGGCGCGAGGUCUUGAUGUCUCCCAAGUUUCUCUUGUUAUCAACUACGACUUGCCAAACAACCGUGAAUUAUACAUCCACAGGAUCGGACGAUCAGGUAGAUUCGGACGCAAGGGUGUCGCCAUCAACUUUGUCAAGUCAGAUGACAUCAGAAUCCUUAGGGACAUUGAGCAGUAUUACAGUACGCAGAUCGACGAGAUGCCCAUGAACGUGGCUGAUCUUAUUUAAAAGUUCCCAGCAAACGCAGAACAUCACUUCACGCUUUAGCAGGAAUGCAAGCAGGAUAGAAGACUGGAACAAGCUUACAAGCGGGCAGAUAUUUCUUCCAAGAAGGCGCUUGGUCACUCUUUAUAUUGUCUAUUGACUUAACUUUUUUAUUUCUAGACAAGAACAAGAACUAGUUUUACUAUAACCAUAUGCGUUUCUAGAUUUAAAGUCGCUCCAAAUCAUUUUAAACUCGUGUAAAUCUGUCGAAAGCUAAUCAGUUUCUUUAUACUUAUUUGAUAAAUGAAUGCAUCUCUUUGA